GAAAAAUGUCCAGGAAUUGGUUCAAUGUUAGAGGUGAACACUUCACUUGUGUGUACAGAUAAUAUGUUUGAUUUUUGUCGAGUCCAUCCAAUGACAGGUUAAAAGCAAACUGCCUUAUUGAACAAUAUAGAUAACGUGUUUAAAUUUUGGAUCAUUUAAAGUUUUAUCUUAACACAUGCUUAAGGCUAGGAUGUAGAAACAUCGACCGAAUUUGUGCAAAUUUUUGGGGUUGUGUUUUCUUAAAUUUUGUGUGUACUGUUGGAUAUAUACAAGAAGUGCAUUUAAAAAACUGAAAUGGCAAAUAAGUUUAGUUUUACUUUAAAUAGUGGGAAUGUUAUGCCAGCUCUUGGAUUCGGGACUUACGCUCCUCAACAUGUAGAAGAAGAUGUAUUAAAAGCUGUAAGAAUAGCUGUCAAAGCAGGAUAUCGACAUCUUGACUGUGCUGCCAUCUAUAGGAACGAGCGAGCUGUAGGCCAGGCACUUAAACAGCUUAUCGUAGAAUCAACUAUCACUAGGAAAGAUAUAUUUGUUACCAGUAAGUUAUGGAAUACAUGUCACAGACCAGAUUUAGUCCGUUCAAGUUUGAAGAAAAGCCUUGAAGAUUUAGGACUAUCAUAUUUGGACCUGUAUCUUGUUCAUUGGCCUAUGGGCUAUCAGGAAGGUGGUGAGUUUAUACCCCGAGGGAAAGAUGGUAAUGUGCUGUAUUCUGAUGUAGAUUUUGUUGAGACUUGGAAGGCAUUAGAAGACUGUGUUGAUGAAGGUUUGGUGAAGGAUAUAGGCCUUUCUAAUUUUAACAGUAAACAAAUAGAGAGAUUGCUUGAAGUUGCUAGAAUUAAACCUAGUAAUAAUCAGGUUGAGUGCCAUCUUCAUCUUGCACAAAAUAAGUUAAUAGAAUAUUGUAAAUCCAAGAAUAUUACAGUGACUGCUUACUCACCAUUAGGCUCACCUGGAAACAAAAGUGCACCCCAUACACCAGCAUUAGAAGAACCAGUAGUUAAACAGCUUGCUUCACAGAAAAAUAAAACACCAGCUCAGAUACUCCUUAGAUUUUUAUUACAAAGAGGUCUUGCUGUUAUUCCAAAAAGUGUGACUCAAGUUAGGAUCACAGAAAAUUUUCAGGUAUUUGAUUUUGAAUUAUCUGAUGAUGAAAUGACACAGCUGACGAAUUUGAAUAAAGAUCACAGACUGAGUACAGAAGACAUAGCAUUAAAGCACAAGUAUUAUCCAUUUUAUGAAGAGUUUUGACACACCUGUUAUUCUAUGUCAUUGAAACCAAAGAUUGCCUUAUUUUUACAGAGCUUCCUAAAGAACAUACAUUUCUUUAUAUGCUUAAUGCUAUGCAUUUGUAUAUACUCUACAAUAUGAUAUGUAAUAUGUUUUAUUAUACACAAUUGGUCAAAUCAAAAUCUUGAGUUUUAAAAUAAUCUUUUAACUGCAUUUUAAAAAAUUUUUUUUAUAGAAUCUUGAUUAAAAAAAAAAAUCUUUUUAGGCAAUAACAUCAGAAUUUUUUUUAAUUUUACCCACCAUUCCACCAUUUUGAAGUUUUAAAUAAAAUUGUUGAUUGAGUAAUUCUGAUUCUGCAACCUGACGUUAUGUAAGGUGUUUUGUUGGUGGUUUUUAUUGGGGUCAUGAUAUAAAAUGGUCAGGAUUCUUAUGUUUAAUCUUCCUACAAACUUGACAUUCCUAAUGUGGACAAAUAAAUAUUAAGUUGAACAGUUUCUACAUUUUGUUGAUUUGCAGUUUUGUAAACUGAUCGAAAUCAAAGUCAGAUGUGUUUAAUGUGCUGAAGGAAUUAAGAUUAUUGCAUGGAAAUAUAUUGUAUAUAAUGUAAGCAGUGAUAAUUGUCUUUGAUGGAAUUAAAUAAGGUCAAAGGCAAACCCUUCAUCAGAAAAUAAACAAUUAAUAAGAACAAAAAUCGUUCAAAUUUGAAGGUGUCAUUUUGAUCAGGGUUAGGAAUUAUACAAUAAGAUCAAUUGGAUAAAGGGUUGUUGUUAAAGCAAGUACAAAAAUUAUUAAUAAAUCAAAUAUUGUUAAACUGUGGAUACCAUAUAUAAUUGCUGUAUUUAAAAUUUGGAUACCAUGUAUUGUUUUACUAGUAUAGAUAUGGUUUAAAUUUGCAUAUUUCAAUGGUUAAAAUAUAGAUGUAGUAAAUCAAUUUAUGUCUACUUUUGGUCAUUGUUGGUACUAUCAGCACUUCAACAUUUGUAUAAGUUUAGGACUUGAAAUAUUUUGUCCUGAAGGAACACUGAAGAGACAAAUUGUCUAAAUGUGUAUCUGGUGCAGUAAAAGUGGUAGUGUUAAGAGCUCUAUAUAUUGCUGUAUAUCUGUGUUUUGCUGUAAAUGAAUUCAGUAAUAAAAUAGCUUGAUUUAA